AUGACAGAAGCUCGUGCUGCCGACAUGAUCGACGAAUCGCUCAUACAGCAGGAUGGCAACCAUUAUGUCGCCAAGCUGUCCUGUGAUCCUGAGGUCUACCCGUUCAUCAUCGGACGCGAGGGCCGAACCCGCAAGCAGAUCGAGGCGGAGACGGGCGCACAGCUGAUCAUCCCACGGAAGGUCGCGGCGCCAGCCGCCGCAGCCGCUGUCGGCGGCGGCGGCGGCGGCGACAUCGUCAUUCGCGCCCCCACUCGGGCUGCUGUGUCCAGUGGCUACGUUCGGACCCAGCUGGCUGUUCACAAUGCGGUGGCAGGCAGGCUGCUGGAAUACAACUACUUCAUCUCGUUGCCUCUGGCUUCACCUGCCGCUGUCAGGCAGUUUGAGGCGUUCCGUCGUGCGGUGCUAUCCGACCCGCGGGUCGCUGCCCCCGGUUCGGGUCUGGACGAGAGCAUCUUCAUGCGGCCUCAGCACCUGCACCUGACGGUGGUGAUGCUCAAGCUGUACAGCGACCAAAAGCGACAUGAGGCCCAGCAGGGAUUGGAGUACAUGAAUGACGACCCCGCCGCCAUGCACGUGCUGUACCUCAAGGUUCACGAUAUGGGUCCCGGCAGCCGGCUGGAGGCGGUGUGUGACCUUGUAGUGGAGGAGUUCGCUCGGGCGGGGCUGCUGCUGCCUCAGGACGAACGCAAGGUGAAGCUCCAUGCAACCGUCCUGAACACCAGGUAUCGGAGGCGCAACCAAGCGGGCGGUGCCGGUGGUGGUGGUGGUGGUGGUGCCGGUGGUGGUGGUGGUGGUGGUGGUGGUGGUGGUGCCGGUGGUGGUGGUGGUGGUGGUGGUGGUGGUGGUGGUGGUCCGACCGGUCGUCGUGAGGAGAGGCAGCCCUUUGACGGGCGAGCUCUGUUGGCGGAGCACGGCCGCCUGGACCUUGGGAUACACACGCUGGAGGCUGUCCAUCUGUCCCAGCGGGGGGUCUACGGGGAGGGCGGCUACUACCGCUGCAUGAGCAAGUUGGACCUUGCGGCGCCCGGGGACGGUUGA